AUGGAAGAUAUUAAUUUUUUAAAAAAUUAUGAUAAAAACGAUUUAAAACAUGCAAUAAAAUCAUUGACAGGUGUUGAGGUUAGUGAUGAUUUCAUAUCUAUAUUACAAAAACAAAUUGCAAGUAAUGGUGAUACAGAGAUUGAUUUUGAUGAGUUUAGGGAAGCAUUUUCACAAAUUACUAAAUCAUUAUAUCCAAAUGGGAUAUUGGGUAAUAGUGAUAAUCAUAGUAAUAAUGGUGUCAUUGAUGGUAAUUGUAGUAUGCUGCAUCAAAAUGGUAAUAAUGGAUGUGAGUCUAAAACCCAAUCGAACCCACCAACACCACAACCAACACCACAAAGAUCUAGAAGUAAUUCAUGUUCAUCAUCAGUUUCACAAUUAUCAGAUUUACCAUCACCACCCAAUUCGCCACGUAAUUCAGAUUCUGAGAAUUCAUUCUCACCAUACUCAUUCUCACCAUUAUCUUCAUCACCACCUAAAUUCAUUUAUGCAUUAUCAACCUCACCUGGUGGUAGUGGUAGUGGUAGUAAUAGUGGUAGUCCACCUAAACCAACCUAUUACUCAACUACGGCCAAUAUAUUUAAUAAACCACCUCCACCAUUAACAUCAUCACCAAGACGACCAAGAUCAUCUUCAGUUAGACAAUCACAACCAAUUGGAAUUACAAAAGAGCCAUUAAAUGAUGAUCAACAUAUAAUGUUAAUGAAUCAUAAUAGUGGAAGUAAUCAUCACCAUCAUCAUCACCACCAUCAUAAUAAUAAUAAUAAUAAUAACAAUUUGGUUGGUAAUAGUACAUUUAAUUCACCAUCAGAUAAAUCAAAAUAUAAACCACAACCAACUCAAAUAAAUAGUCAUAGUCGUAAUAAUAGUCAUCAUAAUUCACAAAAUAGUUUACAUACAAAUCAAUUAUUUAAAUCAUUAUUAAAUAUGGAUGAAAAUUAUUCAGAUACAAAGAAAUCUAGGUCAAAACAUAGUCAUCAAAGAAGGUCACCUAUUGCAUCAAUUGAAAAUUCUGAUAAUGAAGAUAAUGGUAAUAAUAAUAAUAAUAAUCAAUUUCAUAUGGAUAUCGAUUGGUCAAAACAAUUAGAGAAUAAAAAUAAAAAGAAAUUUACAUAUAAAAUUCAAGAUGGAUUAGAUAAUGAAUCAAAUUCAUCAUCAGAAUCUGAAGAUAUAUAUAAUACUUUAAAUUUUAAUUUUAAUAAUAAUAAUAAUAAAAAGCAUAGUAGUAAAAAAAGUAAUAAAAAAAGUAGUAGUAAUAAUAAAAACAAUAAUAAUAAAUUUAAAGAUGAAAUUGAAUGGGCAACAGAAGAAUUUUAUUAUGAUCCAACAUUAGACAAUUCAGAGGAUUUACAUCAAGUUAUAUCAAUUUUAAAGGAGAAGUAUUCAUUAUAUUCAAAUAAAUCUAGUGAACUAGAGAAAAAGGUACAAACUGCAUUGAAAACUAAUAAUCAAUUAGAGGAUGAUUUAGAUGUAAUAAAAAAGGAUUGUAUAACAUUAUCAUUAUCUAAUCAAGCAUUGAAAAAGAAUAAUCAAAUUUUAGAAUCAUCAUUAGAGUAUCAUAAUACAACCAAUGCUCAAAUUAAACAGAGUUGUUUCAAUUUGGAGAAGGAGAAUCAAAUUCUAAAGAAAAGAUUACAACUAUUUGAAGAUCAAAUGGAAAAGAAUCAAUUACUAUUGGAGAACCAAAGAUUGGAGCAGGAAUUACGUGAUUCCAAAUUCAAUUCAGAGAUUGAAUUAUUGUCAACACAAUAUUCUAAAACUAUUCAAUCGAUUAAAUCAGAGUAUCAGAAAGAGUUUGAAUUGGAAUAUAAGAAAAAUAAAGAUUUAUUAACAAAGAAUGAAUUGAAAUCAAUGGAGAUUCAAUUGGAGAAUCAACAAUUACGUCAACUACUAUUGGAAUCCAAUAAGAAUUUAGAACAUCUUGAAAAACUUUAUGAUGAAAAGAUUAAAGAAUAUCAAUCUCAUCAAGAGGAAUCUCAAAGUCAAACAAUCUCUCAAGAAAUCCUAUCAACUGAAAAUCAAAAAUUAAAGAAACAACUUAAAAAGAGUGAAUUACAAAAGAUUCUUGAAUUGAAAAAUGAAAUUAAACGUACGAAAAAAGAACAUCUUCAUUAUAAAUCAUUAUUACUUCAAGAUAUAUGUAUUAUGUCUUAUUUAGUUUUUUGUUUCUUUUUUGAAGAUUCACCAGAUUCUUCUUUUGGAGUUGUUGGUGCAGUUGCAGUUGUAGAAUUUGUUGAUUCUUUUGAUUCUUUUGAUUCUUUUGAUGUUGUAGUGGUUGUAGUUGAAGAUGUUGAUACAGCUAAAGCAGCAGCAUUGGUUGCAGCAGCAGCUUCAUCAAUUUCUUGUGGUGGUAUAUUUUCAGCGAAAUAUUCAGGUUUUCUAAUGUUAAUACCAUAUUCUCUUAAUGCUAAUGAAAGAUCAUCUGUUGUUAAUACUAAUGCUUUAUCUUUUCUAGUUUUCUCUCUUGAUGUACCUUGUAAUCUAAUCUUACAAAAUUGUAAACUAUCACUUGUUACAUCUGAUAUAAACUUUUGUGUUGCUAAUGAUAUUAAUCUUUUUAUUCUUUGA